UUCAGUCGGUGGUCGUCCGUCGGCGCGGCACGACUAUCGUUCGUUGUUGUGCUUUGCGUCUCCGCCCGCGACUGUCGAGCGCGCAUGCGUUGCGCGCACGACGCAGUUUAAAUUGUUGACAGCUUGCACAUGACAAUCGAAGCCGCAAAUGAGGUGAUCGCGAGUGUCGAACCGUGAUCGGCAGAAAGUUUCGAACGAAAAGAAAAGCGACGUCAGCGCAAGCAGUCAUCGUGAAGAAAAGUGCGAUUGACAGCACAUGUCGGCAGCUCCGGCAUUGGAGCUGCUAGGCGCCAGUCCCGAUGAGCCUGCCCGAAAUCACGUGCAUCAGUGGUUGGGCCUGGGAGGAUAAACGGCCACUGCACCCCCAGCGAGAACGAGUAGGCGAAGAAGACGACUGUUGUAGCUGCGCCUCGGAUGAAGGCGGCGGCCAGGGCAUGCGCCAACGACAAAUGUUGCUGCCUGGCCGCCGGGCACUGCAAGCCCUCGUGCUACUCAUCGCCACCGCCUACGCUACCGUUCUGCUCUACCAGGCUGUCGCGCCCAGACAGUGGGUGGAGGAUCAAGGUGUCGUCGAGGAGAUAAGCGGCGACGCGUCGCCGGAGGUGCCGAUGCCACGUCUGCUGGGACUCGGCGCGGUGCCGGCGGCUCGCUCGACACUCUUAGUCGAGGAACCUGCGGCGGUCACGCCGUCCGUUGCCACUGCCACCAUGGCCCCGUUCUCCACUGAUCUCGUCGACGUCUUCAUCGGCGUGAAGACUACGCGACACUAUCACCACUCGAGGCUGCCCGCCAUCAUCGACAGCUGGUUUCAGUUGGCCAAAGAUCAGACGUGGUUUUUCACGGACAGGGACGAUCCCUACUACCAAAAUCAAACGAAUGGUCACAUGAUCAAUACCAAGUGUUCGUCUUCGCACAACCGUCGGGCCCUCUGUUGCAAAAUGUCCGUAGAGUUCGACAAGUUCCUGGAGAGCGGCAGAAAAUGGUUUUGUCACUUCGACGACGACAAUUACGUGAAUGUGCCAAGACUGCUGAAGCUGCUGGACAAUUACAAUCCCCGUGAGGAUUGGUACCUCGGCAGGCCGUCGAUACCAACUCCGCUGGAGAUCAAUCGGCAAACUGCUGAUUCUUCAAAGCGAUCGCAGAAGGUCCGAUUCUGGUUCGCCACGGGUGGCGCCGGUUUCUGCAUCAGCAGGGCGCUCGCGCUCAAAAUGAUACCAGUGGCUGGAGGCGGCAAGUUCAUCACAGUUGGAGAUAGGAUCAGACUACCCGACGAUGUGACGAUGGGCUACAUAAUCGAGCACUUGCUGAAGAAACAGCUUACCGUUGUCGAGCAGUUUCAUUCGCAUCUUGAAAUUCUCAAGUUCCUCAACAAAGACACUUUUCACGAUCAGGUAUCGUUCAGUUAUUCCAAAGGACCACGGGAUGACUGGAACGUUGUUAAAAUAGACGGCUUUAGCACUGCAGACGAUCCAAAAAGGUUCAGAUCUCUUCACUGUCACUUGUUCCCUCACUUCUCGUACUGCCCGCACAGAUGAUGGCAAAUCCAAAAAGACACGCACUUCAAGCGAGACAAUGGUAACUUCUUUUGAAGCCCAAAAGACUUUUUAUUUGAACAAACGUGUUAAAAAAACAUUGAAAUCUUUAAUACAUGUAAAAUAAAAAAUGAAGCUAUAUUUAAUGAAAUGCAUACCAUUUGUAAACUGUAUUACAUCAAUUUUGCUAUACAAAAGAUUUAUUUAAUGUAUAGCUAUAAUGUCAAAUGUAAAUCGAUGUAUAUGCAUUUUCAAAUAGUGAUUUCAUCAGGUUAAUAUGAUAAAACACAAUUUUAUAAAAUUUUCAUGAUCGAUAAUUGUAUGUGUGAGAAUAUUCUUUUUAAAAAUCAAAUUGUUUAUUAUGCCAUUGAGAUCAUAUUUUGACAAAAUUUUUUUCAUUGGGUUUGGUUUUAAAAAAAUUUUGUUUGGUUAUCUUCGAAAUUAUGUUAUUUUUUUGAUUGACAGAUAUUUAUUAAAAUCAAUGACAAAAUUGAAAUAUGAUGUAAAUAAUAAAGUUUAACUAAAAUAUUAUUAUGAUUCUUUACAUUGAUUAAAUGUAAACUAAAAAAGAAAUUCAUUUUUUAAGUAGUUUACGUAAAUUUAUUGUCAAGUUUAUCGAAAAUGAGUAUUUAUUUUAUUUCAUUAUUAGGUUCACUAACAAAAUUUUAUAUUAUUGGUUCGAUAUUUGUUAUGAAAAUUAUAAUUGAAAUUUUCAAAAAUAGCUUUAUGAAAUGGUUUAUCUUCAGUUCUUUUGUAUAAUAAGACGUUCGAAAUAUGUUGUUACGUGUGACGAUGUAAAUACAGUGUAAGCAUUUCUUGUAAAUAUCUGCAAUAAUAGCAAGCGAAUAUUUAAUAUGUAAAUAAAUAAAUAUAAAUCGAUACUUGUUAAAUCAAAAUUUGGCACAACAAAGCUCAUGUAGUACCACAAAAUUUCGGCUCUAAGCCUGAGUGUGAUACAUAUUAAGCAUGCAUACUAAUAAACAUUCUUUUUUUUUAUUCUUUUAAAAAAGGAACGGAAAUGCAUCUACAUAUAUUUAAUUGAUUGCGUUAAAAUUCUUUGAAAAAUGUAUUUAAAUAAUAUGUAUUCCAUUGUCAACUUUAAGGAAUAAUUGACUUCUAAUGAAGACUUGACGUACAUUCAUAAGAUUAUAAGUCUAAGCUAGUCCUUUCGUAGUAAAGCAGACAGCUAUACACAAAAUGUGAUAUGUGAAUUUUUCAUACACGUGAGCAAAUAAUUAUUAUUCUAUUUGAGCAAUUAUUAAUUAUUAAUAUUAUUUUUGUUACCUCUUUUUAUGUUUAUUAUUUUUUAGAGGAGUCUGAAUGAUUGUGCACACUGUUUUGAAUGCUAUUUCUCUUUUUUAUGUGACGACGACUACUUUGUGCGAAAAAUACAAAAAAUUCUUAUUUUUUUAAGAUUGUCGUCUGCGUUAUUUGGUGCAAUAACUAUCUUCUAUCUGGUUUGCCAUCUCUUAAUUUACCUGUGAAAUCUCACGGCUAUUGUUUGAGAUGUUAUCGCGACAUUGUCGCUCUAAGCUCUUUUCUGAACAAUUGUAGUUAAUGUUAUUUUCAAUGUAUAAAUACACAAUA